AUGCCCAGACUGAUCUCCCCAGGGCAAUCCACUUUUCCCGCUUCGACGUCAUUCGGCGGAACACCCCUCGCUGACCGGCGACAAUCCACCGGGACAGCCGGCUCGGGCGCAGGACUCGACUACUACUGGUCCAACGCGGCCGGGAUGGGCCCUUCCUCCUCGGCCUCGUCGUCCUCUUCUAUCGCCAUCUCUCCCUCGCCGAGUCUCGGCCCAGGCGAAGGUCAGGAGGGCGCCAAGAGAGGGCUGUAUAGGCGGUCAGAGGCGAGUUUAAGAGACUUGAUAGCGCAGGAGCAGCGCAGAGGGGAGGGGCACGCCGCGCUAGAGAGUCCUUCGUGGUCCGGCGAGAGUGAUUACUCUUCGUCACAUUCACUCCCGCUCGGCACGUCGGCCACGUCGUCAAAUUCAGGGCAUCAGCAUGCGAACAAGCCGGUCGAGGUGUGGAAUGCGGAACGGGCAAGGGAAUACGACUUUACGCGUCAAAGUAUGACAAGUACGACCACGGCGCGGCCAGGCGGGGCUCGCGCGGAGGACACAGAGUAUCAGCCUGCAAACGAACGGACGCCGGUAGUCGCGCAGACGGGGGAUCGGCCCGACAUUCGCGCUCCGGGCUUCACGUACGGCUCGGACUCGUUACAUGCUACGCCGGUCGUAUCGCAGACCAACUUCGGCCGGUCUCAGCCCAGUCCCAGUAGCUAUACGCCGGGGAGCGGGCGGCUCGACAGCACUGGUGCGAGGAGAGGGGGAACCCCGCCCGCCUCGGGCUCACCCGCGACGUCUCCGGGAUCCGGACCGUCCUCGGAGCCUCAAUCGGCGCCGCCAUGGCAGGGUGACUUUGGGUUGGGAAUGGGCAAGGUGGGAGCUGAGGGCGAAGUGGAGGAGACGACGAUCAAAGGGAGGGGAAGGGAUAAACGGUCGACGUUGCCGGCGGUGCCUCUCGACUUGCCCGGCGAGUAUUUGUCGCCAGACAAGAGGCAGAAGGGGACGGCGAGCCCGCAACCACCGCCCAGAAGUGCUCUGCGCACACAGCUCGCUGGUAUUACCUCGCCCCCGCCAAACCUCUCCUUCCACUACAGCCCCUCUGCCCACCGUUCGAACGACUCCCCCGACAUCUCACCUCCCACUCGAAGCAUUGGGCGCCUAUCCCUCUCCUCCUCUCCCACAUCAUCACCUCCUCUGUCGCGCGACGCGUCAAAAGAUCUUCCGUCAUCACACGUUCUUUCCGGAUUACGCAGCCGCGAGUCCGUGGACAGCACUAGCUCCCUCCAAUCCCCCACCAGCAUCAACGACCUCACCGACCUGCUCGGCGGCGCAAUAGAUGAGAUUGGGUUGAUGGACUCGCGAGAGACACCUCCGCCCAUGAUUGCCGCGGAUAGCAGGGAGAAGCCGCGGCCGGGUGCCCUGAACCUGAGCACCAGCUCUCUGCCUCCGCCCGAGGAAAAGGUCGCCAGCGGCCCAAUCACCCCACGCUCCCUGCCUAGCCGAGGGGAGUCCCUCGCGUCGGCCUCGAGCUCGAGCUCGUCUGCUCUCGGCACAGGUCUGGUCCCUGCUCCCACCCCAGCGGCUACCCCCUUUCCCGUUGCGCAGGAGGACGCAUAUCCACCCUCGAUAGCGUCUACGGACCGGCACGCCCGUCAAACUUCGGUCUCGACAUUGCAUGCCCCGCCGACAGCGGUCGGGUUCUCGGCGAAGCCAUGGCCUGCUGCGAUGCUAUUCGGGCAUAUCAAGAAUAUGAAGCAUUCGGGAGAUAGGGCAAAAUAUUACGCAAAAGGCAUCAAUGAGCUCUCUAUUGCCGAUUCGGGUCUGAGAGAUUGGUGUAUCAUAUCAGCCUCGUCGGCCCAUCGUGUCCCACCCGCUCGGAUGCCCCUGAACCGCCUGCAAUCCAAUAUCUCCGCUCGGACCGAUUUCGCCCCUUCCAUCCAUAUUCAACCCGCCCUCCCCUCCUCCUUGGCCCACUCCUACGCAAACGGUACCGGCCAGUCCAAUCACCCUCGGUCCGUUUCCUCCUCUUCCGAGUUCCCCAUGCGCGAAGACAGCUACUCGGCUCGCGAGAUCUCCCAGCGCGUCAUUGAUCCAGGGGACGAGCCGACCUCGCUCCCUCCCAAUCUACCAUAUCCGCAACUCCAGCAAGUGCGGAACGGGGGCAUACGCUCCAGCCCCAGCGUGGCCAGUAUGGCUAGUAUGGCGAGUACCAAUACCAGCACCGGAACAAUACACGGCGGUGGAGGAGGAGGCGGCAGUGGGAGUAGUAAGCGGGGUUUCUUCAGUGCUUUGCGGGGGAAGAAGGAGGGUCCGGGGCUCGGACCGCCAACGGGCGCGGUGCCGUCCAGCAGCGGAAGCGGAGCCGGAAAGAAGGACGUCCGCGGUCUACCCAUCUCCAACCCGGAACGAACGAGUCUGUCGGGCCCGUCCCCUAUGGGUCCGCGCGGACCGCGGAUGGGCGGUAUGGGCGAGGCCAACUCGGCAGAUGCCGGACCAUAUCGGAACUCGCUCGACACCCAGUCGCCAUAUAGGGGUAGCCUGGAUGAUGGGUCAGCAAGUCGCUUGACGCCACCUCCGACAGCGGGACUGGGACGGGCGAGCUUUGAUACGGGCUCAGGGCAGAGUCAGCGGACGAACGUCAGUUCAAGGUUGCAGCAGGCUGCGACUGGGCCUGCCGCAGGCGCAGGCGGUGGGGGACUGGGCGGGAUGAUCAUGCCGAAGGAAGAGGACGUGAGGGCGAUGCAGGAAGUGUUGCCGAAUGUGGACAGAGGGGUGCUGAGGGCGUAUCUCGCCAAGUACGGGGAUCAGAUGGGGGCCAUCACGGCAUACUUUGAAGAUGAGAAGCGCGGCGGUAUACGGGCGUAG